UCUUGAGUCUUUUAUUGGUCCUGAAACCUCUUUCUCCCAAAAGUGAGAAAGGCCUCAAAGCGCGUCUUUGAAGGUCUCUCUGACUGGAAUUUCUCCCAAACUCGAUUGAACUGGUCAUUCCUUAUGGAUUCUAAAUCAGUUGUCGAAUUAUUAGAAACCUCAUCUGAGGUCCAUUUUUCUGGAUUCCAUUUGGAUGGGUUGGAACCAAGAAAUUCAGAGGUGGGGCAACCAACAACCUCAGAAUCUGAAAGUGUGUACAAGCAGCCUUUUGUAAUUGGAGUUGCUGGUGGUGCAGCAUCAGGGAAGACCAGUGUCUGUGACAUGAUUAUUGAGCAGCUUCAUGACCAGCGUGUUGUCCUUGUAAAUCAGGAUUCGUUCUAUCAUAAUUUGACUGAAGAGGAACUUGAACGAGUUCAUGAGUACAAUUUUGAUCAUCCUGAUGCCUUUGACACUGAGAAACUACUAUGUACUAUGGAUAAGUUGAAGCACGGGCAGGCGGUUGAUAUCCCUAAUUAUGAUUUCAAGAGUUACAAGAACAAUGUGUUACCAAGAAGGGUUAAUCCUUCAGAUGUUAUUAUUUUGGAGGGGAUACUACUUUUCCAUGAUCCUCGUGUCCGAGAUUUAAUGAACAUGAAGAUAUUUGUUGAUACAGAUGCUGAUGUACGGUUGGCGAGGAGGAUAAGGCGUGAUACAGUUGAGAAAGGCAGAGAUAUUGGAUCAGUACUUGAUCAGUACUCAAAAUUUGUGAAGCCUGCUUUUGAUGACUUCAUACUUCCAACAAAGAAGUAUGCAGAUAUUAUCAUUCCCCGUGGAGGAGAUAAUCAUGUAGCAAUUGAUUUGAUUGUCCAACAUAUUCGUACAAAACUUGGUCAACAUGAUCUCUGUAAAAUAUAUCCAAACCUUUAUGUCAUUCAUUCAACUUUUCAGAUACGUGGUAUGCAUACACUUAUACGUGAUGCUAAAACAACAAAACAUGACUUUGUUUUUUAUUCUGAUCGAUUAAUUCGCUUGGUUGUUGAACAUGGCCUCGGGCAUCUUCCAUUUACAGAAAAACAGGUGAUCACCCCAACAGGAUCAGUAUAUACUGGGGUGGACUUCUGUAAAAGGUUAUGCGGUGUCUCUGUGAUUAGAAGUGGUGAAAGUAUGGAAAAUGCUUUGAGAGCUUGUUGUAAAGGUAUCAAGAUUGGGAAGAUUCUUAUUCACCGGGAAGGUGAUAAUGGUCAACAGCUGAUCUAUGAAAAACUGCCAAAAGACAUCUCAGAGAGGCAUGUAUUGCUUCUGGACCCAAUUUUAGGCACAGGGAAUUCGGCUGUUCAAGCUAUUUCUUUACUCAUAAGGAAGGGUGUACCUGAAUCAAAUAUCAUAUUUCUGAAUCUUAUAUCUGCACCUCAAGGGAUCCAUGUAGUCUGCAAGAGCUUCCCAAGAAUUAAGAUUGUGACAUCUGAGAUUGAAAUUGGUUUAAAUGAUGAUUUCCGUGUCAUCCCUGGUAUGGGGGAGUUUGGAGAUCGAUAUUUUGGCACAGAUGAUGAUGAAGAGCAGCAAGUGGUGGCCCCAUUGUAGAUGGAAACAUCUUCAGUUUUGUAGUAAUUUUGACAUCGAGUGAACAAAUCUAUCAUCAAUGUAAUCUUUCCCGAGGCUUGGGUACCUAAAAGGAUUGAGGAUGCUUGGUUGUGAAUUCCAUGUUGUUAAAACAUGAUCUAAAUGGCCAUUUGAUUUGCUUAUGGAGAGUUCUUGCUUGUUGUCCACCU